UUCGUACUGUACACGACCUAAGCAAACCAGGAAACGUACGGUACGGUGCAAAAGCAGUGUUACAUUCCGAAAUUUAGUAGAAUAACAUAUUUAAAUCAGAUAAAAUUAAAUUAAUUGUAAUUAAUGAGCACCUCAGCAUUUUUUACUCCACCGGAGGAGGUAAUAGAGCGGCAAGCGGAAUUAGAUCAGGUCGAAGUUACCCCUCCCCUGGAUCAGGUUUGGAAUGGUACUCUAUUAAAAAUUUGUUGGGGAUGGGUACGACAAAAUGGUUAUAAACGGGUUUGCCUUCAAUUUCCCGAUCAUUAUUUGCCGCACAGCAAUGAAAUUAGUGACACGCUCAAGUCACUGUUCAUUCCGGAGGGAGGGUCAACAGACAUUAAAUUCUUUGUACUUGCCGACACUUCCUAUGGAAGCUGUUGUGUAGAUGAGAUCGCCGCCGGACAUGUUGAAGCAGACAGCUUAAUACAUUUCGGCAGCGCUUGCCGUAGCAGAGUUUCUGGUCUGCCCGUGCUGUACAUGUAUCCACAGUAUCCGUUUAACUUGAAAACAUUUAUGGAUAAAUUGUCAGUAAUAGCAGAUACCGUCAGAGGUAAAAUUGUAUUCACAUACCUUGAUAUAGGCUAUCAUCAUUUGUUGGAUAAACGCGUAGACGAAGCUGAAGAAGAUUCAUUGGGCUACAAAUUAAAGGAGAUACUACCUUGUAAAGACUUAUUUGUCGAAGCCUAUCCGCCCGCAGAGGAUGCUGUGGUUGACGAAAAAGAACCUAGUGAGCCAAUCUGCAUUUUCAUUGGAGCAGAAAACUCUAGAUUCUCCAAUUUAUCUAUCACAACACAGGCUUCCCAAUGGUUUAUCUACGAACCAACAAGUAAUAAUUUGUUCGAAAAGAAUCCACUAACCGCUCAAUACAUUCGGCGCCGAUAUUAUUAUAUUGAAAAAUGUAAAGAUGCUCAAACAUUAGGCCUAAUUGUCGCAACUCUUACAGCCGAAGGUUAUUUAAAAAUUGUUUCACGUUUGCAAGAAAUGGCAAAAGCUAGAGGCAAAAAGACUCAAAUUAUAUCCGUGGGUCGUAUAAACCCCGCCAAAUUGGCAAACUUUUUGGAGAUUGACUGCUUUGUGCUUAUAGGGUGCCCUUUCAAUAACCUUUACAACUCAAAAGAAUAUUAUAAACCUAUUGUUUCGGUAUUCGAAGCUGAAAUGGCACUUAAUCCAGCUUGGCAUAUGAAAUAUCCGGAAGCAUAUGUUACUGAUUUCAAAAAGUUACUUCCAGAAGGAGAAAAAUUUUUGGCUUUUAAUUCUUCAGACGUGCAGGAGCAAGAUAUUAGUUUAGUAAGUGGACGAGUUCGUGGCCGCAAUGUGGAAGAUGAUCUUGCAGAAGAGGGAGCUGCUGCAUUGAGUGAACAACAACAGGCUGUUGCUGGGAGAGGUAAAAUGGAAGUGAUGACCAACAACACUGGCCUCACAUUUGAGGAUCGAACUUGGAAAGGGUUGGAUCCAGCACUGGGCUGUGCAGAGCCAGCUAAAUUGGAAAAGGGCCUCAGCGGCAUACCCACUAAUUAUAGGCAUGAAUAGUUUAAUUAUACAACGAAGAUUACAUUCAAGAUAAUAUUUAGUGUUCAUGUGCUUGUUCUUAAUGGUCUUUAAGUUAAAAUAACGGGUAUCAAUAAAUUAUAUUAUUAAAUUAAUUA